GCCGUCUCCAAAUCAUAUACUUUAAGUACAUCCACACACACAUAUAGAUCUUUCGAGUGAAUUGGAACUUGGAGAUCGCUUGACGCUUUCAACCCAUUCCAUUAAAUUAUCCUCAAGACCCAUAUUGAUUACUAUAAUGUCGAACGGAGUCAACGGUCAGACGGCGACUGACGAGUCAUCAGAGUCUCGCAAUGCCUCUCAACGGUAUCUUAGCACUAGAGGCGACGAUUACGACCUCUCCUUCGAGGAAGUUGUUCUAAAAGGUCUGGCUUCUGAUGGCGGCCUGUAUAUUCCAGAAGAAAUCCCUUCCGCGAGCAAUUGGCAGACCUGGAAGGACCUGUCCUUCCCCGACCUUGCCCUCGAGGUCUUGUCCUUAUAUAUUGCACCCUCUGAAAUCCCACGGGAUGACCUAAAGGGCAUCAUCGACCGAAGUUAUUCAACCUUCCGUGCCCCUGAAACCACCCCACUAAAACAUCUUCACGACAAUUUAUACCUCUUGGAACUUUUCCAUGGCCCUACAUUCGCAUUCAAGGAUGUCGCCCUACAGUUCCUAGGAAACCUAUUCGAAUACUUCCUAGUCAGAAAGAAUGAGGGCAAGGUGGGAGCUGACCGACAUCAUCUCACUGUAGUCGGUGCCACAAGUGGUGAUACUGGCUCAGCAGCCAUCUAUGGACUCCGCGGAAAGAAGGAUGUCUCAGUUUUCAUACUUCACCCCAAGGGUAGGGUCAGUCCUAUCCAGGAAGCACAAAUGACCACGGUGUUGGAUCCCAAUGUACACAACCUAGCGGUCAACGGCACCUUCGAUGACUGCCAGGAUAUAGUAAAGGCCCUAUUCGCCGAUCCUGAUAUCAACUCGGCAUUCAACCUCGGUGCGGUCAAUUCGAUAAAUUGGGCUCGAAUCCUUGCGCAGAUUGUCUACUACUUCCACUCUUACUUCUCCCUCGCCAAGUCAGGGGGCAUAACCCUCGGGGAUAAGGUCCGAUAUGUGGUACCUAGUGGCAACUUUGGUGAUAUCUUGGCAGGUUACUUUGCGCACAGGAUGGGUCUUCCGGUAGAAAAGUUGGUUGUCGCGACGAACGAGAACGACAUCCUUGAUAGGUUUUGGAAGACGGGAAGAUACGAGAAAAAGGCCACUCACGGCCCAGAGGCACAGGGAGGCUUGGCCGUUGACGGUGUCAAAGCUCACGAAGAUGGCGUCAAAGAGACGCUGAGCCCCGCAAUGGACAUUCUUGUCUCGAGUAACUUCGAAAGAUUAUUGUGGUUCCUCGCGUACGAGUUCGCUUCCCUUGCUGGCAUGGAUGAGGAAUGGAAUAGAAGGCAAGCUGGCCAGGAGGUCGCCUCCUGGAUGAAGCAUCUGAAGACAAAUGGUGGUUUUGGUCCUGUCUACCAGGACGUGCACUCGAGUGCCAAGCGCGACUUUGAAAGCGAACGGGUGAGCGAUUCGCAGACGACGGAGACAAUCAAGGGUUAUUUCGGAAAGAUCGGGUACGUCUUGGAUCCCCACACAGCAAUAGGCGUGACCGCAUCACAGCGGUCUAUGGAGCGUUCCAAAGUACCGCAUAUCUCCCUUUCCACUGCACAUCCGGCCAAGUUCGCCGGCGCAGUUGAGCUUGCGUUGAAAGACGAGCCAGGUUUCAGCUUCGAAGAGAAGGUGCUUCCGCCGGAAUUUGUAGGCUUGGAGACGAAGGAACGGAGAGUCACCGAGGUCGAGAACAGCUGGCAGACAGUCAGGGAUCUCGUCAAGAAACAAGUGGAGGAAGAAUUGAAGGAGCUUGCAUAAAUCGGCGUUCAGAUUUGACUAUAUAUCAAUGCAUCAAUAGACCCUGUGUACGACAGCUUGUUUGUUCGUAUGUUUAAAACGAAAUAACAAAUUCAUAUAUCAAUACCCUCAAAA